AUCAUGCCUCAUGGAGUAUUUCUUCUUGUAGAUGAGUCUGACAAGUUGAAGAUCAAAGCUGCCAGCUCAAACACAGACAGCAUUCUUGGAUGGCCUUGCGAGGAGUUGCUGGGAAGAGCUAUGCUGGAUCUGUUUGAAGAGAAGCAGCGAAUCGAGACGGCUCUCGUAGCCAAGAGCCUUGAUCUGGUGAACCCCAUCACUGUGAACAUUGCCAAGAGGACCGAUGAUGACAUUGGAGGAACGGUAAAUCUCAUCAUGCACAGGGCUGCGGACGGCCUCGUCGUUGACGUCGAGCAACUGGACCCUUCCGAGAAUGCCUUCGCUGCGCAUCAGCGUGUGCGUGCUGCUAUCGAUCGUCUGAAUAUGAUGGACAGCCAGCAGAAGCUAUGCGAGCAGGUUUGCAAUGACUUCUUCGACAUCUUCGGCUACGACAGGGUCAUGGUGUACUAUUUCCAUGAAGACUGCCAUGGGGAAGUCGUUGCUGAAAGGACCGUUGAAAAUCUUGAUGACUCGUAUCUUGGUUUGCACUAUCCUGCUACCGAUCUUCCGCAGCGCAUUCGUGACCAGUACAAGUCUGAGCAUGUCAGAUUGAUUAUGGACAGCAAUGCUAACCAUUCGGACAUUAUCAUGCUAGACAAGAGUAAAUCGUCAAGCACCAUAUCUUUGGGUGGUUCUACACUUCGAAGAGCGCACAAGUGCCAUUUGGAGUAUUUGAACAACAUGGGUGUUACAGCAUCAAUCGGUCUUGCUCUCGUAGUGAAGGAUCAAUUGUGGGGACUGAUCAUUGGUCACCACAUGUCUCCCAAAUUCGUUUCCUAUCAGAUGCGAAUGGCAGGAGAUUUCUUGGCCCAGGCGUUUUCUAUGCGUGUGGCAAAUUUGCUUGACCUUGAGGCUCACAAAAGGCAUGAUAGGAACCUUGAAUUGCAUGCCAAACUUUGUGACAUCAUGAGCGAGCAAGGAAUGAAUCCCGGCUUGCGGCUCAAGGGUCUUGUGUCUUCUGCGCCAAAUCUGAUGGAUCUUGUUCCUGGAGUGUCCGGAGCUGCAGUUAGCUACCAGGGCAGAAUCACCUCAGUUGGUCAGACACCCGGGCAGACUUCCAUCCGAAUGAUUUUGAAUGCCGUACAAGCAAGGUGGAUGAAUUCUUCUGACGGCAAACAAGUCUGCUGCUGGGAUAAGAUGUCCGAUUUGAGCGAGUCCUUUGAAACGUUUUCAAACAUUGCAGCUGGUGUUCUGUUGGUUCCUGUCCUCGAAGAUGGAGUUUUGAUGCUUUUCCGUCCUGAACUCUCGACGACGAUCAGAUGGGCCGGUAACCCUGCAGCCCCUGCUUCGCGUGAAAAGAAGACAGGUGCUAUGCAUCCUCGUGCAUCUUUUGAAAUCUUCUCGGAUGCAGUGAAAGGACAAUGCGCACCUUGGCUGAAGUGGCAGGUUGAUGCUGCGUCCGGCCUUGGAUUGCUUGUCAACGACCUUGGACGUGGCAGCGAUCUUCCUGGAACCGAUUUGCUCGAGCGUGUAGCUGAUGCUCAAAUGAAGAACAAAACAGAAGCAAGCUCUGCACGUACUGAAAUGAUUCACUUGAUGGAUUCCGUGAAAGCCCCAGUCUUCGGUUUGGAUUGCGACCUUCGAAUCGUCCAAUGGAACAACAUGUGUGUGCAGUUGACCGGGUUUACCAAGGAGGAAGCGAUGGGAAAGAACUUGCUUGAUUUGGUCCCCAAAAAGCUGCAAGAAUCUCUCCAAUCUGUUCUUAAGCAUGCACUCCGU